UGCGUCGCGACUCCGGAGAUUUCCACGCACCGAAUCCUCGCCGGGGGUUCCGCGCGCAUCGUCGUGUGCUCCGACGGCGUCUGGGACGUGUUCGACUCGCUGAAGGCGAUGAAGACGAUUCGGUCGAGCCGCGCCGUGGACGACGCGGCUCGGAAGCUGUGCACGGUGGCGAGGGAGAAGCGGGAGUUCAGCGGCAUCUCGCUGGACGACAUCUCGACAAUCGUCGUCGACGUCGGCGAGUACACGCCGGGCGCCGGCGACGCCCCCGCGUGCUCUUGCGUCGUGCAGUGAGGCGACGAGCGCGUGUAAAUAUUAAUCGCAAAGUUCUUUUU